GCUGCCUGCACCUCUCAGCAGACUCUCAAAUCCAGCAGAAUUCAACUUAAUCAUUAUUUCCUGACAAAAGAAUGCAAUUUCAACUGACCUGUUUUUUGCACCUUGGACUGCUCAGUUAUGUGAAAGCUGAAGAUGAAUGCAACAGGGGUGCCUGUCAUCCCCCCACUGGCAAUCUCCUGGUGGGCCGCAGCACACAGCUCACGGCUUCUUCUACUUGCGGGCUGAAUGGACCCCAGAAAUACUGCAUUCUCGGCUACCUCGAGGGGGAACAAAAAUGCUUCAUCUGUGACUCCAGAUUUCCGUACGAUCCUCACACCCAACCCAACAGCCACACCAUUGAGAAUGUGAUUACAAGUUUUGAACGAGAUAGAGAAAAGAAAUGGUGGCAAUCUGAAAAUGGUCUGGAUCAUGUCAGCAUCAGAUUGGACCUCGAGACAUUGUUUCAGUUCAGCCACCUUAUUCUGACCUUUAAGACUUUUCGGCCUGCCGCCAUGUUAGUUGAACGUUCCACAGACUAUGGACUCACCUGGAAAGUGCUCAAAUAUUUUGCAAAAGACUGUGCUACUUUCUUUCCCAACAUCACAUCUGGCCAGGGCCAGGAAGUAGGAGACCUUGUUUGUGACUCCAAAUAUUCGGAUAUUGAACCCUCAACUGGUGGUGAGGUUGUUUUAAAAGUUUUGGACCCCAGCUUUGAAAUAGAAGACCCCUACAGCCCCUACAUCCAGGACCUUGUGACAUUAACAAACCUGAGGAUAAACUUUACCAAACUCCACACCCUUGGGGAUACUUUGCUUGGAAGGAGGCCAAAUGAUUCCCGUGAUAAAUACUAUUAUGCUAUCCAUGAGAUGGUGGUCCGGGGCAGCUGUUUUUGCCAUGGCCACGCUAGCGAGUGUGGCCCAAUGCAGAAGGUGCGGGGAGACGUGUUCAGGCCUCCUGGAAUGGUUCAUGGUCAGUGCGUCUGUCAACACAAUACAGAUGGCCCCAACUGUCAGCGGUGCAAGGACUUCUUCCAGGACGCUCCUUGGAGGCCAGCUGCAGGCCUGCAGGACAGCACUUGCAGAGCUUGUAGCUGUAACAGCCACUCUGAUCGCUGUCACUUCGACAUGACCGUGUACCUGGCGAGCGGCGGCGUCAGUGGGGGCGUGUGCGAGGACUGCGAGCACCACACGGAGGGGCAGCACUGUGACCGCUGCAGACCCCUUUUCUACAGAGACGCGCUCAAGGCCAUCUCGGAUCCUUACGCAUGCCUUCCUUGUGAAUGUGACCCUGAUGGGACCAUAUCGGGUGGCAUUUGUGUGAGCCAGUCUGAUCCUGCCUUGGAGUUGGUGGCCGGCCAGUGCCUGUGUAAGGAGAACGUGGAAGGAGCCAAAUGUGACCAAUGCAAGCCCAACUACUUCGGACUGAGUGCCACUGACCCCGUGGGCUGUCAGCCCUGCAACUGUCAUCCUGUUGGGAGCCUGCCUCUCUCAACCUGCAAUGAGGACACGGGCCAGUGCCCAUGCCAGCCCCUUGCCACCGGACCACGCUGCGAGGAGUGCGCUGCUGGAUACUGGGGACUGGAAAGUCAUCUUCAUGGAUGUUCUCCCUGUAACUGUGAUAUUGGAGGUGCUUAUUCUAACAUGUGCUCCCCCAAGGAUGGGCAGUGUGAGUGCCGUCGCCAUGUCACUGGCCGCAGCUGUACUGAACCAGCCCCUGGCUACUUCUUUGCUCCUUUAAAUCACUAUCUCUAUGAGGCCGAGGAAGCCACAGCACUACAAGGACUGGCACCUUUGGGCUCAGUGACUCUUGGCCAGGGGCCUGCUGUGCACGUUGUUUUCCGAGAGCCAGUUCCUGGGAUGCCUGUCACGUGGACCGGACCUGGGUUUGCCAGGGUUCUCCCAGGGGCUGGCUUAAGAUUUGCUGUCAGCAACGUCCCCUUUCCCAUGGACUUCACCGUGGCCAUUCGCUACGAGAUGCAGCCCACAGCUGACUGGACUGUCCAGAUCGUGGUUAAGCCCCCUGGAGGCGGAGAGCACUGUAUACACAAGAGCCCACCGCGAAAGCCUCAGUCUUUUGCCUUACCAGUGGCUUCCAGGAUUGUGCUUCUUCCUACACCCAUCUGUUUAGAACCAGAUAUACACUAUUCCAUAGAUGUCUACUUUUCCCAGCCUUCACAUAGCUGGUCCCAUGCUCAUUCACACAUCUUGGUUGAUUCCCUUGGUCUUAUUCCCCAAAUCAAUUCAUUGGAGAAUUUCUCCAGCAAGCAGAAUUUAAAUGAGUAUCAGCUGCACAACUGUGUUGAAAUUGUCUCAGAAAUGGGGCCUCGGGUGCUCCCUCGUGCAUGUGAAAGGCUUAUCAUCAGCACGUCUGCCAGGCUGCACAAUGGGUCAGUGGCCUGCAGGUGUCACCCCCAGGGCUCGGUGGGGACCAGCUGCAGCCGGCUUGGAGGCCAGUGCCAGUGUAAGCCUCACGUGACCGGACGCAGCUGUGACAGGUGCUCAACAGGAAGCUACGGUUUGGGGCAUCAUGGUUGUCACUCAUGUCACUGCCACCCUCAAGGCUCAAAGAGCACUGUAUGUGACCAAAUAACAGGACAGUGCCUCUGCCAGGAAGAGGUGGCUGGCCACCGUUGUGACCGGUGCCUGCAGGGCUAUUUUGGAUUUCCCAGCUGCCGCCCUUGCCUUUGUAAUGGGCUCGCUGAGCUCUGUGAUCCAGAGACAGGGUCAUGCUUCAAUUGUGGGGGGUUUACAACUGGAAGAAACUGUGAAAGAUGCAUCAAUGGUUACUAUGGAAAUCCUUCUUCGGGACAGUCCUGCAGUCCUUGCCCAUGCCCAGAGGUUCCCGGGAGCAAUCAGUAUUUUGCCCAUUCCUGUCAUCAGAACCCUUGGAGCUCAGAUGUAAUCUGUAAUUGUCUUCAAGGUUACACAGGUAAUCAGUGUGAAGCAUGCUCUGCUGGUUUCUAUGGAAAUCCAAGAAUUUCUGGAGCACCUUGCCGGCCAUGUGCCUGCAACCACAACAUCGAUGUAACUGACCCAGAGUCCUGCAGCCGAGUGACAGGGGAGUGCCUUAAAUGUCUACACAACACUCAGGGGUCCAACUGCCAGCUCUGCAAACCAGGUCACUUUGGAUCGGCCCUCAAUCAGACCUGCAGAAGUUGCUCCUGUCAUCCUUCUGGCGUGAAUACUGCUGCGUGUCCCCCUGACCAGGGAGCUUGCCUCUGUGACCCUGACACUGGCACAUGCCCUUGUCUGCCCAAUGUCACAGGAAGGACCUGUGACCAUUGUGCUGAUGGAUACUGGAACCUGGUCCCCGGCAGAGGAUGUCAGCCAUGUGACUGUGACCCCCGGACAUCACACAGUAGCCACUGUGACCAGCUUACAGGCCAGUGUUCCUGUAAAUUAGGCUAUGAUGGGAAACGCUGCACUGAGUGCAAAGAAAGUUAUUAUGGUGAUCCACUGGGACGAUGCAUUGCAUGUGACUGCAACAGGGAAGGUACGCAGGAGUCCAUCUGCGACCGGGACACGGGCACGUGCAGCUGCCGGCAGGGUGUUGGCGGCCAGCGGUGUGACCGCUGUGUGAGAGGUCAUGGCCAGGAAUUCCCUGCUUGUCUGCGGUGUCACUUGUGCUUUGAUCAAUGGGACCACACCAUUUCUUCCCUCUCCAGAGCAGUGCAAGGGUUAAUUAGGCUGGCUGCUGACAUGGAAGAUAAAAGGGGGACCCUAACUGUCUGUGAGGCUGACUUCAAAGGCCUCAGAGAGAACAUGUCUGAAAUAGAAAGGAUUUUGAAACAUCCUGUUUUCUCAUCUGGUGAAUUCUUAAAAGUCAAGGAUUAUCACGACUCUGUUCGGAAACAAAUCAUGCAGCUAAGCAAGCAACUGAAAACAGUGUAUGAAUUUCAAGAUCAGAAAGAAACAAUAGUAAAAAUGAGGAAGGAAGCAGACCUCUUACUUGAAAGUCUUCAGGAAGAAAUUGAUUUGCACUCCACGGCCGCUAAUGCAAGCAUCAUGGACUCCUCAGAGAACAUCAAGAAGUCUUAUCAGAGAUCAUCAUCUGCGGAAAAGAAAACUAACGAAACUACUUCCAUCAUAAAUAACUCUGAAAAAACCAGGAAUGACUUACUUACCAUUUUAGAUACACUAACCUCAAAAGAAAGCUUGUCAUUGGAAAAGUUAAAGCAUAUUGAGAUACCAGAUGUCCAAGCAUUGAAGCAAAAGGUGUGUGGAGAACCAGGGGAUGUGCCAUGUGAGCGCGCAUCCCAUGGUGGCCCAAGCUGUUGUGACCCCCUAACCUUCUUGGCGAAUGCCCUUCAGAGAGCUCAGGAAGCAGAGUCUAUGUUUCGUAAUUUGAGCAAUCAUGUUCAAGGGUUAAAGAAUCAGAUCAAAAAUAUAAGUGAACUGGCAGAAGUCUCCAAAAACAAUGUCUUUCAGUUAAGUGAGAAACUGAGGAAUAUGAAAAACCAAAGUGAAUCUGAAGAAGAAAAGAUGAAUCUUUUAAUAAAAAAACUGAAAAAGUUUCUCUUAGAGGAAAACGUGCCUCCAGAGGACAUAGAAAAGGUUGCAAAUCGUGUACUUGACAUCCACCUGCCAAUAGCAUCACAAAAUCUAACCCACGACCCUGACAAAAUACAGAAACUUACGCAGCUCUGUGAGAACUUCAGAACAGAUGAGGACAAGCUAAAUAAAACAACAGAUGGAGCCCGAAAGGUUUCAGUGGAGGCACAGGCAGCUGAAAAAGCAGCAAGUGCUCUAUUAAAUCUUGACAAAAUGCUGAGUAAGUUGCAACGAGUUCAAAUCAUUCAAGAACGGGCAAAUUCUACCAUCACACAGCUGACUGCAGAAAUAACAAAAAUACAAAAGAAUGUACUGCAGGCUGAAACUCAAGCCCAGGAGACCAAGAAUGAUUUGGACUUAGCAAAGCAACAGUCAGCACUGCAGGAUGGACUUUCCCGGCUGCAGAUCAAGUUGCAGGGGAAUCACGAGCAAGCCAUCCAGGCAGAAGCUCAGACUGAAUCGGCCCGACGCCAGGCUGGGGGCCUUAAGGAGGAGUUCACUGAGCUAAAAAAUCAAUAUGCUAUUCUUCAACAUAAGACAAGUGCUGCAGGACUGACUACGGAAACAUUAGAAAAAGUGAAACAGCUAAAAGAUGCAGCAGAAAAAUUGGCUGGCGAUACAAAGGACAAGAUAAGAAGAAUAACAGACUUAGAAAAGAAGAUCCAAGAUUUGAAUCUAAGUAGACAAGAAAAAGCUGAUCAACUGAAACAGCUGGAAGAUCAAGUCAUUGCCAUUAAGAAUGAAAUUGUUGAACAAGAAAAUGAAUACGCAACCUGCUUCAUUUAGGCAGAGCUGUAGUUAGGUAAAAGCCUGGGCCUUGGUUUCCGGUUUCUGAUGAGCAAAGUUGAGGGGCUGUGCUGAGCUCAGGGAACACAGUGGUCAGUCUCUUCGGCCUCCCCUUCCUGGAGCCCUCUCCCUGCUACAGGUCUCAGUGGCUGGAGAGUGGAACUGGGCCCAGGAAAUGCCACAUCAUGUGGAAUAAAAAGGGGGAAGUAAGGAGAUUGUCCCUGGUUUCAGAAACCUCUCCCCUUGUCUUUUGUAACUUAAAAAUAAUUAGUUACGUAUGAUCAGUACGAAUCUAAAUAGGUAUUCUAUUUACUAAUACUGACUCCUUUCAGUCAAUUGAACCUAAGGUUAAAUAAAUAGCCAGAGGCUGGGGCUGGAGGAAAAUGGAGAGUUACUAAAACAACUGGCAUAAAGUUUCAGUUAAGCAAAUGAAUACGUUCUAGAGAUCCGCUAUACAUUUUAUAUAUAGUUAAUAAUGUAUUGUACACUUAAAAAUGUGUUAAGAGGGUAGAUUUCAUAUUAAGUGUUCUUACCACAAUAAAAUAAAAAUGAGUAAACUUAAACAAAUUAAAAUAAAUCAGUAUCUCUAAUACUA